AUAAAAACAACCGGCGUUCUUCUUAUAUAUAUUCCCGCACAGAUUGAAGGAUACCAUCUUCUGUUCCUUGUGUCUUAGAAGAGAAAGGCUGCAUUAAAAUGAAGUGCGUUAUCUUGUUGGCUCUUUUUGUUGCCCUUGUGGCUGUUGCUCAAGCUCGCCCACAGAGCGACUGCGAGAAGCACCGUGAGAAUGCUGAGAAGAUCGGCACCAUCAUGAAGCUGAUCCCUAAGUGCAAGGAGAACGGUGACUACGAGGAACUCCAGUGUUACCGGGACAGCAAGUUCUGCGUCUGCUACGACAAGAAGGGUCACGCCGCCAGCCCCAUCUCCUCCAAGAUCAAGGAGUGCGGAUGCUACCUCAGGAGGAAGGAGAAGCUGGACAGGAACAUUGACAACGCCUACAUUCCCCAGUGCGAGGAAGACGGCAAGUGGGCUAAAAAGCAAUGUUGGGAUUACAACGACAGCUGCUGGUGCGUCGACGAGCAAGGAGAACGUGUCAGCGACAUCAAGGCUGAGGGCAAAGGACUCAACUGCUAAAUUUCCUGUAACUCGAAUGAUCCUCUUGAAUAAAUAGAUUUCAAAAAAUGCA